AUGGCAGAUUCGGAUGGCAGCGUCCACGUGCUACUCCUCUCAUACCCGGCCCAAGGCCACGUCAACCCGCUGCUCCAGUUCGGCAAGCGGCUGGCCGUCCGCCGCGGCGUCCGGUGCACCCUCGCCGUGACGCGGUCCGUGCUCAGCUCCUCCUGCCGCGCGCCGUCACCCGGCGACGCCGCCGUCCGCGUCGCCGCCUACUCCGACGGCUGCGACGCCCACGGCUACGACGAGCUCGGCGACGAGGGGGCCUACCUGUCCCGCCUCGAGUCGGCCGGCUCGGCCACGCUGGACGAGCUCCUCCGCGGCGAGUCCGGCGAGGGGCGGCCGGUGCACGUCGUCGUCUACGACGCGUUCCUGCCGUGGGCGCCGCGCGUGGCGCGGCGGCACGGCGUGGCGGCGUGCGCGGCGUUCUUCACGCAGGCGUGCGUGGUGAACUUGGCGUACGCGCACGCGUGGGCCGGCAGGGUGGAGCUGCCUCUGCCCACGACGGCGCCGGCGCCGCCGCUGCCCGGCGUGCCGGCGGAGCUCGAGCCGGCCGAGUUCCCCUCGUUCCUCACCUCGCCGGCCGCCGGCCGCUCCGCUUACCUCGAUCUGCUGCUGCAGCAGUGCCAGGGCCUCGAGGUGGCUGACCAUGUCCUCGUCAACUCCUUCCACGAGCUGCAGCCAAAGGAAGCAGAGUACAUGGCGGCGACGUGGGGCGCGAAGACGGUGGGGCCGACCGUGCCGUCGGCGUACCUCGACAAGCGGCUGCCGGACGACGUGUCGUACGGCUUCAACGUCCACGCGCCGAUGACGGCGGAGAGCAAGGCGUGGCUGGACGCGAGGCCGGCGAGCUCCGUCGUGUACGUGUCCUUCGGCAGCCUCGCCACGCCGGGCGCGGCGCAGAUGGCCGAGCUGGCCGACGGGCUCCGCGACAGCGGCAGGCUCUUCCUCUGGGUGGUCAGGUCGUCGGAGACGCACAAGAUGCCGGAGGACUUUGCCGGCAAGGUGGCGGCGGAGGCGGGGAGGGGGCUCAUCGUGACGUGGAGCCCGCAGCUGGAGGUGCUGGCGCACCCGGCCGUCGGUUGCUUCGUGACGCACUGCGGGUGGAACUCCACCGUGGAGGCGCUGAGCGCCGGCGUGCCGAUGGUGGCGGUGCCGCAGUGGUCGGACCAGCCGACGAACGCCAAGUACGUCGAGGACGUGUGGCGCGUCGGCGUGCGGGGGUGGCCCGACGGCGAGGGCGUGAUGAGGAAGGAGGAGGUGGAGAGGUGCGUGAGGGAGGUGAUGGAAGGGGAGAGGAGCAAGGAGUACAGGAAGAACGCGGCGGGGUGGAGCGCCAAGGCGAGGAGCGCCAUGAGCGAAGGUGGCAGCUCCGACACAAACAUUUCCGAGUUUCUCAGCAAAAUCUUAGUAGCAUCUGCCAGAACAUGAUGAAUUUUUUUUAGAGGUGGAUGUCUCCACAUGAAAUGAAAUCUGCCUUAUGAAUUUGAA